UUAAUGCUGUACUUUACAGGUUGGUAAGAUGGUGGUGGUGUUAAAAGUCAUCAUGGUCCUGGUGGUGGGCUUCACUUCCUGCUGGGCAGAGGAGAGCAAGGAACUGUCCGUCUCUGAGCUCCUGUGGAGAGCUAACAAAGAUGUUGUGCACAUGGAGGAUGAGCCCCUUGUAAUAGAUGAUAUUGCCUACAAGAGUAAGAAUGAGAGGAAUGCAGAUCAGUGCACCUCGCGCGGCUGCCUGUGGCCCAAAUCUGCAGACGGAAAAGUUUACAUCCCCUACGCCAUCGCCAAUCACUACACUUCCCGGGAACUCUCCAUCAUUGAGCGAGGCCUGCAGUCCUUCAGUGACGUUUCUUGCAUCCGUUUCACCAGGCGGAGCAACGAGAGAGAUUAUCUGAGCAUCCAGUCGCUCAACGGCUGUUACUCGUAUGUUGGCCGGCUUGGUUACAGCCAGACGCUGUCUCUGGACCGGGCGGGCUGCAUCUACCACAGCACCGUCCAGCACGAGCUGCUCCACGCCCUCGGCUUCAACCAUGAGCAGUGCCGCUCCGACAGGGACCAGUACAUCAGAAUCCUCUGGGAGAACAUCCAGUCUGAUUUUGCGUACGCCUUUGACAUUCUUGACACUCUGAACUUAAACACCCCCUAUGACUACAACUCUGUCAUGCAUUACCACAGGUAUGCAUUCUCUGCAAACAAUCAACCCACUAUGGUUCCCAUUCCCGAUUCAAGCAUUUCUUUUGGAACGGCAACUGAGAUGAGCAAGAAUGACAUCACCAGACUGAACAAAUUGUACAAUUGUUAGACAGUAAUUUAAAAAAAAACAAUAAAACAAAGUCACCUGUAUGGGUUCACACAGUAAA